GCUUUUGUUUUAUUUAUGUCAAUGUCACCAAAUGUCAUGAUGAAAGUUGAUGUCAUGUGUCAUAUUGUAGUAUCGCAAUUAUCGCAUUCACAAUCGAUUUUAAUAAAUAUAUUGUUUUCGCUGGCCGAAACAGUAUUAUGUAUAUUCUAGAAAAGCGUGUAAGAUUUUACGCUAGCUACACUAACUCCUUGGUUAAUUUAUAGUGUUUAUUGGAAAUAAUAAAGUUAACAAAAUGCCAAACUUGUUAAAUUAUAAAUUUUGUGCAUUAAUAUAUUUAUUUUAUACUGUGUCAUCAUCAUAUGGUCACUAUAAAUCUGCGAUUGAAUUAAAAGAAAGUAAACAUCAUGAUCAUCAGAUAAGAAGCCAUUUGGAAACAAAUAUUUUAAAUAUUCCAGAAAAGUUGUCAAGGUCAAAAAGAGCUGAAAGUGCCCCAAACAUACCCAGCUCAAGCGAGACUAGUUUAACUAGUGAAAGUUUAAAACCGUCGCUGCCUUCGACCUUGACAAGUUCCUCUACUGACGCCCCUGUUGUGUAUGAUAUAGGACCUUCUAACUCUUCAAUAUUGACCAUAAUCCAAGUUAAUGCGUCAUCUUCAUCAGCUACAAAUAUUUCUGAUGUCAGCCCAUCCGAUGCGGCUCCUUUACCUGGUAAAAGUUCGGCGGAAGAUGAACACAACAGUUCAAUGGCUAUAUUUUUUGUGUUGUGUAUAUUGGCACUUGGCAUAUUGUUAAUACAUCUGAUGUUGCAAACAGGAUUUUCUUACUUACCUGAAAGUGUUGUUAUAGUGUUCCUUGGUGCUUUGAUUGGGAUGAUUAUAAAUUUAAUGUCAAUCAGGAAUAUAGCAAACUGGAGGAAGGAAGAGGCAUUUUCACCGACUGCUUUCUUUUUAGUAUUGCUUCCACCAAUUAUCUUUGAAUCUGGCUAUAAUUUGCACAAAGGUAACUUCUUCCAGAACAUUGGGUCCAUAUUACUUUUUGCAAUAGUGGGGACAGCUAUAUCUGCAUUUGUCAUUGGUGCAGGAAUAUAUCUGUUAGGUUUGGCUCAAGUGGUGUAUAAAUUGAGUUUUGUGGAAUCAUUUGCAUUUGGUUCAUUGAUUUCGGCCGUUGACCCGGUGGCUACAGUUGCCAUAUUCCAUGCCUUGGAUGUAGAUCCAGUUCUGAAUAUGUUGGUGUUUGGUGAAAGUAUUCUUAAUGAUGCUAUAGCUAUAGUACUCACUACUGCUGUCUUAGAUUCAAAUGAUCCAAUGAUGUCAACAUAUGAGGCUAUUUUAUCAGCUAUCAAUAGGUUUUGGUUAAUGUUCUUUGCAUCUGCUGGUAUUGGUGUUGUGUUUGCACUAAUCAGUGCUCUGUUACUCAAACAUGUUGAUCUUCGCAAGAAUCCAUCCCUUGAGUUUGGUAUGAUGUUAGUAUUUACUUAUGCACCAUAUGUAUUGGCUGAAGGAAUACAUUUAUCAGGUAUUAUGGCGAUCUUGUUCUGUGGUAUUGUUAUGUCACAUUACACACAUUUCAACUUGUCAACUGUAACGCAAGUGACAAUGCAGCAGACUAUGAGGACACUGGCCUUUAUUGCUGAGACAUGUGUAUUUGCUUACUUGGGUUUAGCUAUUUUCAGUUUCCGACAUCGCGUAGAGCCGGCCCUAGUUGUGUGGAGCAUUGUAAUGUGUCUGUUGGGACGGGCGGCUAACAUCUUCCCACUCGCGUUACUUUGUAAUAAAUUUAGAGAGCACAAGAUUACUAAGAAGAUGAUGUUUAUCAUGUGGUUCAGUGGAUUGCGAGGUGCAAUUUCUUACGCACUGUCUCUACAUCUGGAGUUCUCUGACGAGACGCGGCACGUCAUUAUAACGACGACGCUUAUCAUCGUGCUUGUCACCACCUUGUUCUUUGGAGGCUCUACAAUGCCCUUGUUGAAAUUCUUACGCGCUAACAAGAAAUCAAAGCGGUCACGUUCUCAAAGAAAACAGAAGGAAGUUAGUUUGUCUAAAACAAAGGAGUGGGGUCAGGCCAUAGACUCGGAGCAUCUCUCUGAAAUAACAGAAGAGGAACUUGAAGUUAAUUAUUCUCAUGCAACGAGAUUGAAAGGCUUUGUACGGCUGGACAUGAAGUAUUUGACACCUUUCUUCACUAGAAGAUUUACACAUCAGGAGUUGAAGGAUUGCAAGAGUCAAAUGACAGAUCUGACGAACCAGUGGUACCAGGCUAUCAGGAUAUCAAACGACCACGACACAGACGAGGACGAGAUUUUGCAGCAAAACUCACUCUCUAACUCAACCACCACUCUACAGAGAGGGGUCUAAUGAUCAUUUUCACCAACUAUCCAUUAAAUUUAAAGCUCCGUAUAACAAUUAGGAGUCCCUAGUAAGAUACCAAUGUUUGUCUACUAAGUUUAUCAUUUUGCUUUAGACUUUAGUAGAUGAUUGGUGAAAAUAGUCUUAAGUAUAUUAAUUUAUUUGUAUUAGCAUAUAUAAUCAGCUUUACAAAAUUAUAUAAGUAUUUAUGAAAUGCACAAAUGUCAUAGACAUAGAAAAUAUUAUGAAAUAUUUUAAAUAUCUCAGUUUGUCAUUUUUUUUCUAUUUCUCUGGUCUAUUAGAAUAUAUAUUAAUGGUUUAACAAAUAAGUCAAUGUCAUAGAUUAUUUGCUAAUAAGGUGUAACCGGCCAAAGUUAGCAUAGUAUUUUUUUUACUCCAUUCGACAAAUAUUUUUGUUGCCAUAAUAAUAUAUUGACAUGUUACCAAAUUGAUGUGCCUAGAAUUAACUAUCAUAAUGUGUUUAUUUAUAUAGUCUGUAUAAAUUUUAUAUUUCAGGAUUUAUUUGUUUUUAUGCAGCUGUUUUAAUGUAUUUUUUUAAACUGACUUAUUUCCUAUAACAUUAUAGGACUGUAGUAAAAUCUAUUAUUGUAAGAGAAAAUGAAACGAACUCUUACAUCUGGUUUGCUGAAUUGUAUGAUAGCUAUUUAGAUUGUGGUGCUGGCACAACUUUGUUACUUCUAAAUUAAAAGUCAUUCAAUUAAUGUUAUUUUUUGGUGUAUCUGAAGGUUAUAUGAGAUAAUAUUGUAGUGUUUAUAAAGUACUACCCAAAUUUUAUCACCAUCAGAAGAAUAAUUAAAAAAUUAUUUUCAUUCAUAUAUAUCAAUAACAUUAAUGGCUUUAAAAAUCAUAUAUAUGUCUUAUAAAAAUAUUCUUUUUUUUUUGUAAAUCCUGUCAAAGAUGACAAAUACUGCCUAAACAGUAAUGUUUAUAAUAUUUUGUGUUCUGUUCCAUCAUACUAUUUAUUUAAUGAAUGUUUUAUAUUUGUGAUAAUUAAUGUAAGAAAUAAAAUUAUUGCUAUUGCUUAAUUGCAUGCUUAGUAUCAACUUUGAUGUGUGAAACAUAUUAUCACUUGCUACUAUUGUAUAUGAUAGUAUAUAGAAGAUUAUUGCAAAGAAAAGUAAAAUGUUCAUAUUCUUAUAGAACCUUGGUUCUUGUUUUUUUUUGCGUAAAUCUAUAUAUUU